CGUUCAUGCCUUACAAUGGAGGCACUCAUUUCUGCGGUUCUUAGUGAUAUUGUCGGGAGAGCUAUAUCCUUCAUGAUCGAGAAGUGCUGUGAGCAGACAACCACUGAUGAGGAUUUGCAGAGGCUGCGCGAGCUGCUUCUGAGGAUACAUGUCGUCGUCGAGGAGGCUGAGGCGAGGCAUGUCACAAACCAAGGGAUGAUCUGUCAGGUUAGAACAAUGAGAGAGCAAAUGUUGCGAGGGUACUUCCUUCUUGAUGCCUUCAGAUGCAGAGAGAAGAAGAGCGAGGGCAAGGAGGUGAGUCGCUUCUUGUUUGCUCAAUCCAAAUUCAAUCCUGCUAAGCGCUUUCGCCUCCUAUCCAGCAAAACUCAAACUGAGAGCAUGGUAAUUGCUAGAUACAUCAGUAUGGAUUUGAAACAGGUUACUCUUGUCCUAGAAAGCAUGGUUUCUGAUAUGAAAGAGUUUGCAAUAUUUUUGAUGAGCUACCCUCGGAUAUGCCGCCAACCUUAUGGUGCAUAUUUAUAUUUGAAUAAGUAUAUGUUUGGACGACAAAUGGAAAGGGAACAAGCCAUCAGUUUCUUGCUACAAGCUGAACCUACUGGAAAAUUAGGUGUUCUCGCAAUUGUUGGUCCUGGAUUUAUUGGGAAGAGCACUUUUGUGGAGCAUGUUUGUGAGGAUGAGCGUGUGCGCGACUACUUCUCCUUGAUCUUGUUCUACAGCAAAAAUGAUCUUAAGGAUGAAACAGUUAGAACUUUUAGAGAUAAUUGUGUUAUCAGGCAUCAAAAUAUCACCUCGGAUGUAGAAAGGUCGUUGGUUGUCAUUGAGCUCUUAGGGGAUGUGGAUAAAGGGACAUGGAGGAGGCUUUUGCACACUUGUGAAAGAUGCAUGACUCAUGGGAGCAAAAUCAUUAUCACUAGCCGAUCAGAGAACAUGGCCAGUUUUGGAACAACGGAAGCCAUCCAGCUAAAUUGUUUGUCUCGAGAAGCUUACUGGUAUUUCUUCAAGAUGCUUGUGUUUGGUAGCAUGGAUCUGGAGGAGCAUCCAAAGUUAAUAUCCAUAGCUAUGGAGCUAGCCCUGGAGAUGCGCGGAUCUUUCAUAUCCGCAUAUCAUGUUGCUGCCAUACUGAGAGAAAAUUUCAGUGCCAGGUUCUGGUGCGAAUUUCUAAGUCAUGUCAGAGAGCACACACAAAACAACAUCUCGUUGUUAGGUGAAUAUCCUGUUGAGGAAGACCGGCCUCGAUAUGCUUGGAGCAUGGCCAAAACACGGCGAUUCUCUGAGGAUAUUAAGUUCGUUCUGCGACGUGUUGACAACCCAAAAGGGCCUGCUGCUCAUGGCGAGGUUCCAAGGAUACCAGUGUUGGAUCUUCUAUCUGGGAGCUGGAGCAGUAUGCCACGCAAAUUUGAGAUCUUGUGCUGGAGGUCCGUCAUACCACCUUACUAUAGCUACGUAUAUGCUUGUGAGUUUCUGCGGCAUGAGAAUACCGCACCAUAGUUCUCAUCUUGUCUAUUCGAUUAAGUAAAUCUUACCAGAUUGCCCUGUACCCCCUCUCCUCCAAAUUAUUGAAGUUCUAGCUUUGUCCUAAGUCAACCUUCUUUAAAUUUGACCAAGUCUAUAAAAAAUAUAUCAAAAUUUUCCAGCACCUAAUUAGAUUCAUUAUAAAAUAUAUUUUCUUACUAUAUAUAUUUGAUGUUGUAAAUGUUAGCACACAAAUCUUUAGGUUUGGUCAAAUAUAGAGAAGUUUGACUUAGGACAAAGCUGGAGCUUCAAAUAAUUUGGAAGAGAGGGAGUAUUAGACUUUCUUGCUUGCUUGUCUAAAUAUUGGUGCUUGAUCUGAGCUCUUGUGGUUCUUGGCUGAUCGAUCUUAUAUUGAGAGUAUAUUGUACUUGGUACCUAGUAGGCGGUAGCUCAUCAUGUGGGGAUCCCUAGUUACUGGUCGCUUCCUUGUGUUUGUAAUUACUUGUAUACUCUUCACAUCAAUAAACAAAGGCACAAAGCCUAGUACAAAAUCGAGUGUAUACUUCUGCAGACUC